AUGCUAAAGAUUGUAAAUAUGCCUACCGAGGAGGAACAACCCGGUAAUAGUGAUGCGCAGCAGAAGAAUCAACUAGCACCCACCCCAAAUAAGGAAAAUCUCGACACAAAACCUGCCAGUGAAACGAUAGCGGAGCAUGAACAGAAGCCUGACACAUCCAAACCGGAACGACCACCGGCGGAUGAUAGCAAACCUGCACAAAUAAAAACAGAGCCGGUCUCUACCACAGAUAAAACUGGCGACAAUAGCAUCAAACCAGAAGUUGACUCUUCAGCCGAUAGCAGUAGCGCGUCUGAGCGCGUGAAAACAGAACCCUUGUCGGAGGUAAUAAAAACAGAUUCUAGUCCCCAGCAUCAACAGCAGACCUCCUCCGUUCCUUCGACGGAUGCAGUUCCUGCAGUAGAAAAAGUAUCGACACCGAGUGCGGGUCGAGCGGAAGAGGAUGACGAGGAGGAAGAAGACGAUGACGAAGAACCGGGUGAUAAUGACGAGCAGGAGGAACAACAGCAACAGCACCAGUCACAACAGCGAAGCAACAAACAGCGAAGUGAAGAUAGUUACCCCAAUGAAGAAGAAUCGGGUCAUAAUGCGGCACACCAGCGGCAGGAUCAAUCUCAAACACCGACCGGUGGCCAGUUUUACGAGGAUGACGAGGAGGACGAUGAGGACGAGGGCGAGGAACCGUCCGAGUUGAGGCAGCUGUUCGAACCGAUCAAUGAUUCGCAGGCGUUGAGUGAAGACGAGGAGGAUGGUGAUUACAUACCGGACGAGGAGGUGAAAAAGACGAUCAUGGUGGGGAGUGACUUCCAGGCCGUUAUACCAGAGGGUUUGUGCAGGUAUGAUGAUGCACUGCCGUACGAGAAUGAGGACAAACUACUUUGGAACCCGACCAUACUGAACGAGCAAGCGAUUGAGGAGUAUCUCGUGAAAAUCACCGGUCCUGCGGGCGGUUUAGGAACUGGGGGUGGUGGUGGUGUCACUGGUGGCGGUGGUGGUGGUGGUGGGCAACAGAAAGGCACGGCUGGUACAGCUGGUGGUACCGCCACGAGCGAUCCUCAGUCGAACAGUGUGUAUGCGAUACCGCUCGGAAAACAUCUGCGAGACGACGAACAAUCGCUCUAUCUGCUGCAACAGUGCGGACACAACGUGGACGAAGCAUUACGCCGAAAGCGCAUCAGCAACAACUCCGUUCCUGUGCCGGAGCAGCAGAUGAGCAUAUGGUCGGAGGAAGAGUGUCGAAACUUUGAGAAUGGGUUGCGCGUGCACGGGAAGGACUUCCACAUGAUCCAGCAGACGAAGGUACGCACCCGAUCCGUCGGUGAGCUGGUACAGUUUUACUACCUGUGGAAGAAAACAGAACGGCACGAUCUGUUCGCCAGCAAGGCACGGUUGGAGAAGAAAAAGUACAACCUUCAUCCCGGUUUGACCGACCAUAUGGAUCGGUUUCUGGAGGAGCAGGAAAACAGUACCGGGUUUGGUGACCGCAGCUCGUCACCGGGCUUCAACAGUUUGUACAAUAGCGCCUCGGAAGCGAAGCGACAGCGGUUGCUCGACUCGAAAGAGAACAACACUGCCUCCUCGAAACGUUCCGCCUCUAAUCUGUGA